UAGACGCUUCUAUUGUAGACAUCUACUGUCAAGCUCUGAGUGCGUGUUCGAGACACUGUUGGUGCCAAGGUGGUUGUGCAAAUUUCAUUCCUUUGGUUUGCACUCUUCAUUCCUUACUUGUUAUUCAAGGUGUUUGAUACAUCUAUUGUAUUAUUGCUUAUGAAGCAGGUCAUUCUUUCUAGAACCCUUCCAGUCAUUUACUUGAUCAUGCUCGGCUUAAGCAAGUACGCCGUGGUCGUGGCCACUGUUUUGAGCAUCAUUGCACCAACAGUUGCUCGCCCAACAGAGUUGCACCCCGGAGAUGCUUCUGAUCUUAUUAUUAAUGCCCAGGAUACAAUCAACGGAACGAUAUCAGCAUCAGCCAGCAAGACCCAGGGAAUACACGCCACAAAUGGAACCGCAUUGAAAUUCACCAUCACCAACAACAUCGCCGGCAAUGUGAACUGUUACAUCAACGGUCAAGACCCUAACAAGAACAACGCGCCUGUCAUGCUGACCCCAAACUUCUUGUGGUAUUACCCUACAGCAUCAACCAAUGCCGAUGGUACCCCUGCACCCGUCACCGAGUCCGUCGCCAUCCCACUCAAUGCCCAGGGGUUAACCACCACAAUCAUGAUCCCAAGCUAUGUGGUCUCAGCACGUGUAUGGUUCGCUGUUGGCGAGCUCCAAUUCUUCACCGUUGCAGGUGAUAACGGCAGUUUCUCGGUCGUUCAGCCGUCGCAGAGUAACCCUGCUGAUCCUAGUGCCGGUAUCAACUGGGGCUUUAUUGAAUUCUCUUAUACUGCCGACGGCGGUAUUUACGCCAACAUUAGCUACGUCGACUUUGUCGGUUUACCGCUGGGAAUGUCACUCACAGAUACCUCCAACGGCGUUCAGACCGCACUCGGUCUCAAAGCAGACGCUGUAACUAACGUUUGCAAUGAUCUGGCUGCUCAAGCUGUAAAGGACAGUUUGCCCUGGGAUGCUUUGUGUCAAUCCAUCAACGGCACUGUGAUGCGUGUUUUGUCACCGAAUGACUACAUGGCUGCUAACAAGAGUAGCGGCUUUGAGACUUAUUUUGAUGACUACGUCAACGAGGUCUGGGACAAUUAUACCAGCAAACCGCUUGUCAUAGACACGCAGAAUAAUGCCGGUAACGUCUCUUGCACCGUCAGUGGCGAUACGCUUCAAUGCCCCGACGACGGUAUCAACUACAGCAAGCCAUCUACCGCUGAUAUCUUCGGCUGCAACUCCGGUCCUUUCGUGACCAAUCCAACAGACUCGUCUGUUCAUCAGGCUACUGUUCCCCGUCUUUGUGCUGCUUUUAACCGUGGUACUCUACUACUUCCCGGUGGUGACGUUCAACCCAGUCUUGGAGCAGAUUCGUACUACACCUCUGGGCCAUCGAACUUUUAUUCAGCCAUUGUGCACAAGUAUGAGGUUGAUGGGAAGGGUUAUGCUUUUGCUUAUGAUGACGUUAAUCCUUCCGGUGAUGGUGAGAAUGCCUCUGGUACUGUCUCAUCUGCGAAUCCGUCCGUCUUGGGUGUCACUGUUGGUGGGCCUAGUUCUUAAGCAGAGAAUACAGACACUGCCCGUCAAGCUCAUUCACAUACAAGACAGGACUUGAUUUGUAUUUUAGUUGUCAUUUUGCCUACCUCUAGUCCAUAAUGGACGAUAGCAUGGAGAAUUUGUUGUUGAUACUUUACGAUACCCGGCAUUAUACACUCGCUUAUGACCCCAAUGCUAGGGCGUCGCUGCAUGUACAUAUUUGUUUAAUACCUAAAUUU